CGUUUACGCAACGUGACAACACCGCUCUUAAAUGUCAAAAGUCAAAAGUGAAAAGUAUGGCUGAUUUGGAUGCGGCUGUUAGGAAUCCAAAUCGUUUUGAUAACAUGAAAGGCUCGAACGGCCCCCGUGUUGUAACUAUAAACAAAACCGAGACAGGCUUUGGUUUUAACGUCAGAGGCCAAGUUAGUGAAGGUGGUCAACUUCGAAGUAUAAAUGGAGAACUUUACGCCCCCCUGCAACAUGUCAGCGCAGUCCUAGACAGAGGAGCCGCCGAACAAGCUGGAAUAAGGAAAGGAGAUCGCAUAUUAGAAGUAAAUGGAGUAAAUGUUGAAGGAGCAACACACAAACAAGUUGUCGAUCUCAUAAAAUCUGGUGGAGAUGUUUUAACAUUAACUGUUAUAUCUGUAACACAACAGGAAGCUGAACGACUGGAACCAACAGAUGACAACCAAGUGUAUUAUGAUUACAGCGAAAAAAGAUCUUUACCCAUCAGUAUUCCCGACUACCACCACAACGAACGUGGCGGUGAAAGAUAUGUCGCUUUCAAUAUAUACAUGGCCGGCAGGCAUCUCUGUUCUCGAAGAUACAGGGAGUUCGCAAAGUUGCAUAACGAUCUCAAAAAGGAAUUUUUAGGGUUUACUUUUCCAAAAUUACCUGGAAAGUGGCCGUUUACAAUGAGUGAACAGCAGUUGGAUGCACGUCGCAGAGGUCUAGAGCAAUAUUUAGAAAGAGUGUGUGCAGUAAGAGUGAUAGCCGAGUCUGAUGUAAUGCAAGAGUUCCUAACUGAUCAAGAUGAUGAAAAUAACACGAAUCCGGUCGACUUAAAAGUAUUAUUACCAGAUAGAGAAGUAGUGACGGUGUCUUUAAAAAAGAGUGCUAACGCCGAUGAAGUUUAUGACGCAGUUGUUAGAAAAAUUGGAAUGCAUAAGAAAGUAUCAUGUUACUUUUAUUUAUUUGAAAUUGUUGAAUAUAAUUUUGAGAGGAAACUUCAACCAAAUGAAUAUCCUCAUAAUUUGUACAUACAAAAUUACAGCACUGCUACGAGCACCUGUCUGAGUAUUAGGAAAUGGUUAUUUUCAAUUAACAAGGAGUAUACAUUAAUGAAUGAUGCACAAGCUACUUCUUAUGUCUUCUGGCAGGCUGUAGACGAGGUGAAUCGAGGCUGCAUUCACGCAGGUGAAAGACUGUACCAGCUCAAAGCGCUUCAAGACAAAACUCGCGCCUCGGAAUACCUUAAACUGGCCCGGGAAUUACCCGGAUACGGUGAAGUGACGUUCCCGCAUUGCGCGUGCGAUUCGCGCAAAGAUGGUCACGUGGUUUUGUCUAUUGGUACCAUGGGCAUCAAGUUGCACGCGUGCAGAGAAGAUGGGACAUUGGAAAGUCAGGUGAUAUUAUUACAGUGGGACUGUUUAAGACAAUGGGAAAUCGAUGAAGAAGGUAUGGCUUUUUGCCUGAAAUAUAAUAGGCCCGAUAAAACUCCUAAAUGGUUAAAAAUAUUUACCCCAUAUAAUUUAUACUUGAUGGACUGUUUCGAAAGGAUCAUAGAAGAAAGCAAAUGGCUGGAUACGGGCGACUGAUUCCCUCCUUAACCAGUUUUCCCUUGUAAUAAAAAAAACUCUUAGACUAAACAAACAUCAUCAAUUAAAUUUUUAAGUAAAAAAUAAUCUAUAAAUAAAAUUUUAGGAGUUGUACUUCCUGCUCACUGUUCUUGGUGCGAACGAAAAUAUAAAAUUAUUUUAAUUUCCAUGAAGGAAAUUAGUGGAAUCGAAUCCAUCCAAUACUAAAAACGAGCCCGUGUAAUUUUUUUGAGGCUAAUCCUAAGGGAAUUAACAAAUUAUAAAUCAACAAUAUGCUGUUAAAAGUUAUUUAUUCAUCAAAUUAUAAAAAAGCUGAAAGUAACUUAUUAAAUGAUUUUUGAUUAAUUGAGAGGUUUACAGGAUAAUCCUAAUUUAUUGAAAUUGAAUACUGUUUUACUUAAACAGGAGGAGGUCUAUAUAAAAAUACUGGAUUAGUGGUAUGAUUGGUAUGAAGCGAGGCCUAAAGCAAUCGAGUGGGAAAAGUGCUGUGCACUUUCUAUGACCACACUUUUUAGUGAUUCCAAAAUUUAUGUAUUUUAAUAAUGUAACAUCCCAUAGACACAUAUUGUGUGUAACAAUUUUUAAUUCAAUUUAUUUAAAUUGGUAAUUAAUGGCAAAAUUAGAAUUCUACAGAGUGGACUACCGGUAUCGCUUCGGACUAUAAAGCCAAAACUGUUUUACAGAGUUCUCCAGUAAAGUGGUAUAUAUAAAAGUUAGAUUUUUUUAUAUUUAUAUUAUUUAUUAUUAUUAUUAUUAUUUAUAUUUGAUUUGCUUUCGCUUUUUAUAUUACCUAUUAAUUUCAAUGACCUGUUUACUACAAAAGAAUCAAUUGAAAACCAAUUUUUUUAGGGUAAAAGUUUUUCGAUGUUAGUCAACAUUUAUGCCAAUGGACAAUUUUUUUUAAUUAAAAUCAAAUCUGUACAGGGUUAGUCAAUAUUCAAAUACAUUAAUUUCUUAUAUUUUUUUUUUUAAUUUACCACUAUAUUUUAUAUCACCAUUCAAAAGUACCUUAAUUAAAGUUUCAUUUGAGUUAAGCGUUCCCUAUACCAAAAGUUAAUAAUUUUGGGAGAUUUUUAAAUUAAAAAAAAAAAAAAGAUAAUUCACAAAAUGCUUUAAUUUUAACUGGUCACUGGUUAAUAGGAAAUGGGCCGUUUGUUAAUUAAUAAUUAGAAUUUAUCUAGUUGUAGUUUAUUAUCGAUUUACCCUGUACAGAUUUGUUUAGAAUUGAAGAAAGUAACAUAAAAUGUUAACUAAUAACGAAACACUUAUACUGCUAAAAAUUGGUUUUCAAUUGCAGUAUACAGAUAAUUUAAAUCAAUACUAUUUUCAUAUAAACUGAUUAUAAUGUGUAAAAUACCCUGAAUUAUAAUAUACUAUUUGGUAAUAUUGUAAUGGGAAAAUCAAAGGCAAGUCAAAUAUAAAAUAAAAAACAUAACUUUGAUAUGUAUCAUUUUUUUUUUUUUUUAAGGAGAACACUAUAUAAAUUAAAUUAUUUUUAAACGUUUGCCAUUUCUAAUAUACAUUUCGUUGUGAAAACAGAUUUAACAAAAAUCAAAUAGUUCUGGCUCUACAGACCGAGGUGUUGCCGUUGGGAAUGCUCAGACAAAUGUGCAUUAUUUACACCAUUUAAAUAAUUGAAGACACGAAUGGAUAAAGGCGUCAUGCCACAAAAACAUUAUUUCGAUAAAAACAAGUUUAAAGUUUUACAAUUGCAUUAUGAUAAUAUGGCUCAUGAUACCUUUCUAUUUGAUGAAUAGCCGUUAUUUAUCAAAAUACUUGUGUCUUCAAUUAUUAUUUAUAAAACAAACCUAUCAUAAACGUUUUUUGCAACAAAAUCAGCAUGUAUAGCGUUCAAGAUCCUUUAUAAGAGUUCUUACUAUUAAGGCGAAUUUGAGUAAAGAUAAAAUUUUCCAUAUUCUUAUCAAGCCCACUAGUUGAGUUGGAGAGCAUUUCUUCAGCAGAUAUUUUUUUAUGGAUUUAUGUGUGCACCACUUGUAGUUUUUCAAAUUCUUAUUCAUCCUCUGGGCAUUGUGAUAAAUGAAUUUAGCUUCAAAACUUAAAGAAAAUUUACAAACUUUGGACCCUUGAAAAUGUUGGCGAACAUUUUUCUUGUUUGAUGUCGUCAAUGGCACUGAAUUAAUUUUUAAUGUUGAUAGCUGACGCUCACAGUUUUCAACACAAACAGGAUAUUUUGGGAGUCAACAAUCUCUUUACAAUAAGAAUGAUCAUUAAAAACUGAAAACAAAAUGAAAUUAAAAUAAACCAAUAUUGUUUUCACUGAAACAAAAACAAGUUUAUAAAUAUUACAUGCCAUUAACGCAAAGAAAGAUUGUGAAAAUAUAUCUGGGUGAAUUAAAAUUCAAUGCACUUUGAACUGCAACAGUCAUUAUAAUUUUGAAGUUUUGUACGAACUGACAACUGUAAUUUCGACACGACCGCCAUCCCGUUAAUUGGAGUGGUUCUAAAUUACCUUCCUCGUGUUUUUCCAUUUGAGUUUCUUCCCCCUGGGUUGAUGCUCACCUAAUGGCUAAUAAACUACCGUAGGACACUGAGUGGAUUACUUGUCAUCAGGUGUACAACAGUGAUAGUGAGCUGUCUGGAAGUCACCUUCAAUCUAUCUGUUUUCCAAAAUAUGUGCUCAAUUCAGUAUUCUACGAUUUUUUUGUAAUCGUCGUCCUCGCCAUCUAACAGUAUAGCUAUGUUUACUAGUUUUUUAUCACAGCGUACUCAUUCAAACAUUUCUGUACCGUAUCUUACACUUUAAAAGCUACUUAGGAGAUCAUACAUAAUUUUACAUUAUUUCUUCUCGUUGAGACUUUUUCAUGAGGCUAUAAACUAUCAACAUUGAAGUUUAAAAAAUUUAAAAUUGCAAUUAGGGGUGGG